AUGUCGCACCUCCCUGACCCCUCGUCAUACGCCUCUGAGUCGUCACCAUACGCCACGGCACGCGGUGGCGCAGGCGCCGGUGCUGGGGGCAUGACCAGGCCAGGCGCAGGAGGCGCAGGUCACGAUUCCAACGAGUUUCGCAACUCGUACGCGUCGUCCGACUUUUCCCAACAACCCUACUCUGCCUACUCGCAAAACCAAUUUGCAGGCAACGGGUCCUCUCAUCCCUCCUACUCCUCUGGCGGUGUACCCCCCUACGGCGCGCCUCACCCAGCCUCGGCGCCUUACUCUGCCUUCUCGAUGCCUCAACACCCUUCCCACCAGCACGCUCAGCAUCACUCGCGCCCCUCGCACAUCCACCUAGGUGGACAGCCACAAGGCGGUGGAGCAGGCGGGCAGCCGCAAUACGGCCAUCACCCAGAGUCUGGCCCACCUACGCCGAACAGCGCGACAAUGUCUCAUCACAAUACGCCAGGCGCGAUGGGCGCGUAUGCGGGCGUCAUGCCGGGUAUGUCCCACCCUCACGCCGCUGCGACUCACCAGAGCUACCCCUCGCACUACUCGGCGUCCCUUGUGCCAUCUGCUGGGCCGGGACCGGGAAUGGGCGGUCAUCCAGUGCGUAUCGCCGAGCAUAUGGCCUCACCCAGCUACCCCUCUGCGCCGCAGUACAGCACGCAACUGCCCAUGGCUGGCCGACACCGCGUCACGACGACCUUGUGGGAGGACGAGGGGACCCUCUGCUUCCAGGUCGAGGCAAAGGGCGUCUGUGUCGCUCGUCGACAUGAUAACAACAUGAUCAAUGGCACUAAGCUCCUCAAUGUCUGCGGCAUGUCUCGCGGGAAGCGCGAUGGUAUUCUCAAGAACGAGAAGGAGCGCAUUGUCGUCAAGGUUGGCGCCAUGCACCUCAAGGGCGUCUGGAUCACCUUCCAACGAGGCAAGCAGCUCUCCGAGCAAAACGGCAUCGCCGAGAUGCUCUACCCGCUCUUCGAGCCCAACAUCCAGUCCUUUCUCUACCACCCGGACAACUACCCACGCACUGCAGCCGUAAUGGCCGCUGCGCAGGAGCGCCAAGCGAAGCGGAUGCCUGACUCGAACCCCUCAAGCGCGAACACGAGCUACGACACCUCGGCCGCGUCCAUGGGCGCCACGGGCGAUCACUCUGCUGCGGCCGCGUGGGGGAGGCACCCGAGCAACGGUGGAGGAUACAACCUGUCAGCGCCUGCGACGGCCAAUCAGAGCCCUAGCCACGGGGCUCACCCGCACUCCGGGUACAGCACGCCCUCUUUGCAGCAGCAGCCGCAGCACCACCAGCAGGGCCCUCCUUCUGGCGGCAACGGGCUCCCAGCGGGCAUGCGGGCGGUGCAGCAGCAGGCGGACAAUCGUCGCCACUCUAUGCCUCUGGGCGCUAAUGCGAACAAUAAUGGGGACUCGCGAGACCCGACGGGUGGGUACGGCAGCGCUUCGCUGGACCACGCUGGCAGCCAUCAUGCUGCUGCUGCAGCUCUUGCUGGUGUAGGAGGCGCGCCGCAACCUCGGAGGACCGUCUCUGGCGCAAAGAGGGACUACGAUGAUGCCAACGAUGAGUCGGCAGCAGUAGGAGGGUAUGGAGGCAUGCCGGGCAAUGGAAUGGGAGGGGACAGGCUGUUCAAACGCGGCAGAGGAGACGAGACGAGCUACGACGGUGGUCUCGAUGGGUCGCAUGGGUACAAUGGACGUGCAGGCGUGGAUCGCAAGGCCUGAAAGGGCUCAGGAAUGGAGGAAAAGAAGAAAGGAGGUCAAGACAGCGCAAUCCAACAAAGACUACUAUGACGACGACCUAUUCAGAGAAAGCGCAGCCAGAGAUGAUGAGGAAGGCAGCCCCACGACCAGGACUGGACCUGUGCGGAGCAAGACGCAACUACACACACACACACACACACACACACCUCUUUCACCACUAAUUCGACAUUCAUCCAUCUCCCCCUCGCCUCAUACACACGGCCGCACGACCCCGAGGACGUUGCGGCCACGUCCCUCGUCCCGCUGUAGCUGCCCAUCUCUUCGAUCAUUGACUCGAUUCGCACAAUUCCCCGAAGAGGACUCACCUCCUUGUUUUGUUCUGAUCCUGUCUCUCUCUCACACAUACGCUCACGCAUGCACCACCACCAUAAAGAAGACCAAAGUCAAAUUCUACGCAUCAUUCUGUCAGUG